GACAGCGCAGCUGCCCGCGUCGGCUUCUGUCCGGACAUCCCCCUUUCCCGUAGACCACCCUUCAACGCUUCAACACUCAGACACGCCGCCCAUAGACACGGACACCCACCUCCGACAUACCAACCUUCAACACUGUCUAAUCCAAGCAGACAAUGUACUUGAAAGGCCCAGCCAAAGCAGAGUCGAUGGCUCACCCAACUCAAUCAGUACCACUCCUCUCACAAAAGGCCGAAACCCCCAACGCAACGCAUCGCACAAUGUCUAUCAACGGUGACACCACCAUCCCCGCGGAGCAGGGCCAAAACACCCAGCAAAGCAUGUACCAGAAGGUCAAGGAAUUCGUUCACGGUCUCGGACUCUCUGCGAGCGAUGGGCUUACAUACCACGCGGCUUUGACCACGCAUGAAGAUCUCCCACACGACCAUGAAUGCUCGAUCGCUUGCAUGGCCGAGUCCCGCGGCACAACCACCCCUGCUGCCUCUAUUCGAUCGGCUCGAGAACGCUUGCACUCUCUUAUACCUCCUACAAACUAUGGCGCCGUCCUGCCUGGAAGCAUCUACCGCAGCAGCUAUCCCGAAGAGAAGAAUUACGGGUUUUUGAAGGACCUCAAGAUCAAGAGCAUUCUCACCCUUGUCCCUGAGCCCCUCUCCCCCGAAUACCAAGCGUUCAUGACGGACGCCGGGAUUCAGCACUUCCACGUUCACAUCAGGGCCAACAAGGUUGAAGUCCGCGUGGAGUCGUCCGAAAUGGCCAAGGCUCUGCGCUUAAUCAUGGACCGCGCCAACCAUCCAAUUCUCAUCCACUGCAACAAGGGCAAGCACCGCACCGGAUGCACAGUCGCCUGCUUUCGGAGGAUCAUUGGGCUCGACCUAGAUGCGAUUCGCGACGAGUAUCACACAUAUGCCGGUGUGAAAGCUCGAUUCCUCGACGAGGUUUUCUUCGAGAACUUCGAUCUCAGUCUCGUCAUGUGGGCGGCCCGUCAAGAAGGCUGGGCUGCACCAGAGCUCGAAGUUGCGCCGCCCUCGCCUCCAGAGUCACUCACCUCUCUGGCGGUUGCGAAACCUUUGGCUUAGACUAUUUCCUUUCUCUACUGUUUACUUCUACUGGGCUCUCAAGGGCUGAGAGCUCAUGGGUUAUAAAGGCGACUGUCAAAAUAUGUACGGCUACUUU